AUGAUCUCGGUUACCGAGAAUCUCUUCCAUGCCCUUCGUCGAAUUCGGGCACAUCAGAUGUUUGCCGAAGAGGCUUUAUGGAUUGAUGCUAUAUGUAUCGAUCAGUCGUUCACAGAAGAACGCAAUCAUCAAGUACGGAUAAUGGGCAAGAUCUACACCGACUGUACGAACGGCCUGGUAUGGCUGGGAGACUUGGAGUCUAAUCUGAACGAUUCCGUGUUUGUCGAAGCUCACCGCGAAUGCUGGUCCUUCGCGGGUGACUUCAGUGACUACGAAAGACUGUGGGCUAGGCUUGUCAAAGUGUUAGGCAUCACACGUCGCGAGUCAGCCAGUGUCAAAAGAUGCACGUCCAAUGACGCUUUCAAGAGCGAAGAACGGAUUCUCGAAGUUUAG